CUAUUCUGUGGCAGACACUCUUUUGCGUCGUCUAUACUGAGACCAACAUCCCCUCAACCUUCCAUUUGCUCGUCCCGUUUGAGUACGAACACACCUUUUCCUAUAUCAAAAAGGAACUUAAUUACGGUACAUUAUUGCCCCAGCCUCUCACAUCCAUCACAUAGUGGACAGACUGGUCAAAGCAUGAAACAGUGACUUGUAGCUGCCCGUCGCAAACAUCUCACCUCAUCCAGAAUGUCCUUAUUGAUAGUGUGCCUCUGGGCAGGGCUUAUGUUGUCCAUUCCUCGUCCCAGUUGCCAAUCAUGCACCAUCGGCUCAGCCAAUGAGUGCAAAGAGGCAGAAUUUGCUCCUGGAACCAACCUAGCAGGGGAAGGCUUUGACAUCACCAAAAUGAAACGCAAAGGAGCCUUUGUCAUUGACAUGAACGUGUGGAAACGCAAAGACAAGACCUGCACCCUCUGUAAGAAUCCCUAUCUGGAAGGGAAACAACAGAGGCUUCCUUUGGCAGUGGUGGAUUGGAGACCAAACCACCAGUGUAGUAUGAAAGUGUCCAGUAAACUCCAUCGCUCCAGCGAGUCUCUCGUCAGCUCCAGUGGCUCUUCUGUGGAGAAUAACUGGCAGGUCAAUCUAGAGUUAGAGAAGGGAUCAAAAAGUGGGAAGAUUAUGCUCGCUGGAACCAACUCCAAAUUGGCUGAGUACUCCAUGGAGAAAACCAAGAGUGACAAGUUCAGUUUCACAAGCCACAGUGUGUCCUGCGGGUAUUACAGCUAUCGAGUAUCUGGCCAGCCCAAGUUACACAAAGAAUUCAAGACAGCAGUGAAGAAUCUCCCCAAAAUAUAUCAACAAGAAAACAAACAACGUUAUUACAAGCUUAUUGAUAACUUUGGCACGCAUUACAUUACCAAGGUGAGCCUGGGUGGAACGGUGCAGUCUGUGACCAGUAUCAAGCAGUGCCAGGCCAGCCUGCAGGGUCUCAGUGCGGAGGAGGUGAAGAUGUGUCUGGAUGUGGAGGCGUCUGCCAGUGUGGGUGACAGCAACAGCUUGAAGACUGAGUUCAAGCACUGCCAGGAGGAUAAGUCUAAGACAGAGAGCAAGGCCAGCUUCUCCAGUGUCUUCAAUGAUAGGUUCACAGAGGUGAAAGGUGGCCACACCACAGAACCAGAGCUCCUCUUCUCUGCUGAUAAAUAUCCCGCCUCCUACAAGGAAUGGCUGAACUCCCUACCACACUAUCCGGACAUCGUCUCCUAUUCGCUGGAAUCUCUCCAUGAGUUGCUGCCCACCACCAACCCAGCUCGGAAGCACUUGCGCAAGGCCAUCAGCGACUACAUCCUGGAGAAGGCCUUGUGGAAGAACUGUUCUGAACCCUGUCAAACUGGCAUCAAAAGUGACCACAGAGACUCCUGCGUCUGCAGCUGCCACAACAUCCCCGGGGUGAGCGCCGACUGCUGCCCCACACGCAAGGGACUGGCGCGGGUGGUCAUCACUGUUCAGAGAGGGGCCAACCUGUGGGGAGACCACACCACUGCCACUGACGGCUACGUGAAGGUGGCUUUCGCAGGCCAGAUAAUCGGACGCACUAAAGUUAUCUACAACAACAACAACCCCAGCUGGGCAAUGAGCUAUGACCUGGGAACCGUGGAUCUGUCAACCAGUAAGAAGCUGAGAUUUGAGGUGUGGGACGAGGACGACAAGUGGAAUGACGACCUGUUAGGAGAAUGUGAGAAGGAGCUGACAGCCGGGGUGAAGGAGGAUCUCUGCAACCUCCAGCAUGGCCAAAUGUUCUACAAGUGGGAGGCGGUGUGUGCCCCCAGUCUAGGUGGCUCCGCCUGUAUGGACUAUGUGCCCUCCCCUAUGAAUCCCCACCUGGAGAAGGUUUAUGUGUCUCGCCACUCCCGUCUCAUUCCAAAGGACAUGCUGGUGAGUAUGGGAGUCUUGUUGGACGGACCCAAUCUCCAUGGCAACAAGAGCCUCAGUACAGGGAACAGGGAGUCUGGUCGAUUUUAGAGGUAUGCAUGGUGAUCUAUGUCAAAACCCCACAUCUUUUUUCAGGUAGAUUUCUCCAACCUAAAAUAAUAAAAUAAAUGUUUUGUUAAAAUGUGUUUUGUUUUCUAUACUGUAUCUUUGAACUCCCGAGUGGUGCAGAGGUCUU